AUGUUCAGUUCCAAGAUCAAGACUAUUGCAGGCCUAGUGGAUGCGGCUGCUAGUAAAUCUCCCUCGCGACUGGCAUUGAUAUCUCCCUUCCAAAACCAAGAGUUUACGUAUCAAGAAUUGUCGCAAACAACCCAUGCUUUGGCCGGAUUCUUGUCCAUGUACGGCUUUGAAAAGAAGGAUUUGCUGGUCAGUGAUCUUCCCAAUACCACCGAGAAUCUAAUGGUGCAGUUGGCGUGCAACCGAUUGGGUGUUGCCUAUGCUACCGCCAAGGAUCUGGGAGGUAUGACCAAGUACCCCAAGGUAAAAGGAGCCAUUUGUACCGCCUCCGAGGGAUUCCUGGCCGAAACCAAUCUGCCACUGCCAUAUCUAGAUGGUAAUUUCCUCACCGAGUUAAUUCACGAGGGAGGACUGGAACAGUUCUCGGACGAGGUGGCCGAUGCCGAUCCGACCCUGCCACACGCCUAUUACAAUUCCACGAGUCCUUUUACGAAUGAGCAAGCAUUGAAAUUAGGCGAAGAAGCUGCGUUUCAACUGGCAGUCUAUGAUGAAGAUGUGAUUUGUGUAUCGAUUACGCUCUGUCAUGCUUUUGGUAUGGGAUCGGCAAUCUCAUCUGCUUUGAUGAUGGGGGCCACCAUUGCCCUUCCUGCUGUGGGGGGUAUCCGUGGUUGCGGUGUCCCAUCCGAGCGAGCAGCUGCCACCCUCGACGUGUUGAAGGAACAAAAGUGUACCCUGAUGUUUGCCGAUACCCAUACUCUCAAGGCUCUGCCGGAGCCUCCUCAUGAUUUGGUCUUGCGCGGAGGAGUGUGUAAGAUUGGGAGUGGAUCAGACUUUUUGGAAGAAUCGAGAAUGUAUGGAGGAGCCAAGCUCAUGACAAUGGGAAAGAAAGAAUGA